UAGAAAUGAUUGCCCUCAUUGUCUUGCUGAGUCUUGCUGCAGUGCUGCAACAAUCUUCUGGAGAUGAUGGUUUUGCUGCUGAGUCAACCAGCAGAAGAGAAAAACAAAAGGAGAUUGUUGACCACCACAAUAAUUUACGGAGAACAGUGAGCCCAACUGCUAGUAACAUGCUACGAAUGGAAUGGCAUCCUGAUGCUGCUAAAAAUGCCAAACGUUGGGCAGAUAAAUGUUCUUUUGCUCACAGUCCAGUAAAUCAAAGAACUGUUGGAGAAUUACAGUGUGGUGAAAAUCUAUUCAUGUCAACUCAUCCUUAUUCAUGGACUGCAGUAACUCAGUCUUGGUAUGAUGAAAGGAAAGAUUUCAAGUAUGGCGUUGGACCAAUCCAACCAAAUGCCGUUACUGGCCAUUAUACGCAGGUGGUUUGGUAUAAAAGUCGCCUUCUUGGUUGUGCUGCUGCUAAAUGUCCUGCAUCCAAAUUCAAAUACUACUAUGUUUGUCAUUACUGUCCUGCAGGGAACUUCAUAAAUUCAAUUGCUACUCCAUAUAAAUCAGGGCCACCUUGUGGGGACUGUCCUUCAUCCUGUGCUAAUGGACUAUGCACGAAUCCUUGCACACAUGAAGAUACGUACUCAAACUGCAAUGCCUUAGUGAAAGAACAUAAAUGCCAGAUUCCCUGGAUCAGGAAAUCAUGUCCUGCUUCUUGCUUCUGCACCACUGAAAUAAAGUAG